AGGCUUAAGUUACUAGCUAACGUUAACAACGUAACACGAUGCGUUCUAGCUGCUAGCUUAAUACAGUAUUGUAGCUAACUACAGCCUCUGUUGAACAGGGUUGUAUUCACAAAAUGUAUGUAGCUAGCUUUUUAUGAUCGUGCAGAUUCCCUGUAUGUGAAUGUACUCUGCCAAACGGUCUGGACCUUUAUGGCACAGUAGGAAAGUGUACUACAACAUGCUCUGUAACAUACAGUACAGUCAAUUGUUUGUUCAUGCCCUAGCUGUACCCUUGCUCUAAAGUCGGGAAGAUUAUCACAGGAGCCUCCUUCAUUUGAUGGAAGUGUUUCCAUUUGCUUUGGGAAUAGAGGCUUCUCCGAAGAGGUGGAAUAGUGUGGUCAAUGCCAUUCUGUAUACAACAGACCCUGCCAAUAGUUCUGGAGGGACCUAAAUGGCAGAGGUGGAAAUGUGCUCUCCCAGUUACUGAAGGGUUGUUGGCACACGCUCGUGGAUAUCUGAUGAGAAAGGAGAUCAACUGCGCACGUUCAGAGUUUGAGGACAUUGUGAGAGAUAUCGAUGGAGAAGUGAACCACUUAGAGUGGAAGGGGCACAUUAUUGCCAUUCCUCACUUCAAAGACGGUGGCCCAUCUGGUAUCUUCACCAAAAAACAUGCGGAAGAAGCACCAGACAGGGGAAGCCAUCCUCUGGAGCAGCCAGGGGAGAGAGAAGGGGCACAGCUUAUGUCCGAUAGGCUAGAACCAGAGAGAGAUGACCCCUACAGCCAUGGACGGGCAUCCAUCUCCAGGGGCUCCUCCAGGCCUUCUUCUUGUCCACCUGGGGGUGAGGGGGAGACUGAGGGCAGUCAGGGGGAGCAGCUGGAUGGAGGAGGCGUGCUGGAGAGCACAGGGGAUACGACCACUGUCUGGAGCAGUCUGGGUCGAGAUGGUUGUUUUCAGAAAGGUUCCCAGCAGUGGCGUAGUCUGGCCCAGGACGAGCCCCAUACCCCUGAAGCCUUGCAGCUACACAGAAACACUCUGGCCAUGGAGAUGCUAUGGCUUCAACAAGCUAUUGCCAGCCGUAAAAAAUACCUGUCACUGAAAGAGAGUCUGAAUAUUUCCUAAUGGCAGAGGACCAAGGAGAGGCUGUUUCUCUAAACUGGACAUUGAUCUGAAGGACUGAAUCUUUCCCCAUGUUGAUAAAUGAAAUUAUGUUAAGAUACAUGAAUAAUCAUAUACCAAAUAAAUUAAUCUAGCUAUCCCACACUGGGAGGGGUAUAAUUAAAUGUAUUUUUAAAAAAUGGGAGGGGGGGAUAUUUAUUCAAGAUGUGUAUGAGUGGCACAGAGUGAAUGUUUGGGGGAAACAUAUUAUGAAUAAUGUUUAUGUUUUGUAACUAUCCAUUGAUGGCGUGGUCAAGUAUAUUAUAGCUAUGUUUUUUAAUAAGAAUAAUACUUGCGUUGUUGCUGUCAGUGCUACAUGUGAUGUUGCUUCACGUCACUGCUAUUGUCUUCAUUGUUCCAUAUAACUAUGGUGAUCUCCAUUCUUUUCAAAUAAAUUACGGGAGAGAUUCAAGGGAAUUCCUGCUGCCUGUAGUGUAGCUCAGGUGAUCCACACAAGCUCGUAUUUCCCAUUGAGACCACAUACUCAAUACAAUCAUUAAAGUGCAGUUAUACAAUUCAA